AUGGAUCUUUUUGAAACCCCAUCAUCUCUAAAACAAAAUAGAUUAGAAAAAUCCAUAUGGGUUGCAAAAUUAGUGCUCAUGUCUAUGGGAAUUAUCUCAAUUCUUAUUUUGUUGAAAGUUUCAAUAAUUCCAUACACAUUUGAUGUUUUAUCAACUCUUCCUCAACUUUGGUUCUCACUAAGAAAAUGGUUAACAGUUCCAUUUGUUUUCAUCAUUGUGAACUUCAUCAUCAUCCCCAUUAUAGCUUCUUCAUACUUCACAAACCAAACCAAUAACACCAACCCAAUUGAGCUAGAAAAUCCAACAAAUGAACACCAUGAAGAAGAAAAUGUGGUUGAACAAGUUAUAGAAGAAGUUGAAGUUGUAGAAGAAGAAAAAGAGAAAAGGGUUGUAUUUGUUAGAUAUAGAACAAGAUUUGCUGUGUACAUAUUUUUGGAACUGAGACUGUGUGAAGAAGCCAGAACAAGUUUCAGACAAGGUGGACUUUUUUCCAUGUCAAUUUUCUAG